AUGCCUGAGACUAUCAAGUACAAACAGAUCCCUGAUACCGGCGACGACCAUGUUGAAGGCUAUGAGAAGCCUGUGGAGCGGCAAAGGCCUGGCAUCACGGCGCUUAUCUCAUUCCUAGUUGGACUGCUUACAAUGGGACUCAUCGCCGCAUGUUUCUCAAUCAUAAUGCUACCAGCCAGGCCAGUCGCACGCAUACUGCCAGAGAUUCGCAGCGGCUCUGAUCCGAUUACUGGUCUCCCAAUAUCUUGGUCUCAUGGCGACUGCGGCAACUCCCCCGAAGAAGCAAGAGCUCAAGGUUGCCGAUACAGCAUCGUUCUUCACGCUUGGCUACCAAAGUCCUGUCUAGCAGAAGACGACGAAGAAGACACCAAAGACAUGUAUAAUGGCCGCAAUUGGCCUCUUACAGCAGCGUCAGGCCAGAACCUCACAAUGGAGGAGUUCAGUUCUGGCGACUAUGGUCAUUUUGUGACGACAUUUGACUGGCAUGUCACUCACUGCAUGUAUGUUUGGAAGCGUCUGCAUAGGGUGAUGUUGGAUCCGACAAAGGAACUCGAUUCUUACACAGCAAAUUAUCACCAUACGAGCCAUUGUGUGAAGAUGAUAGGAGGUGAUGCUGGGGGGAUGAAGGACUCUGGUACAAAGGUGUUUGUAAAGUAUCCCAAGUGUGCGAAGUAG